AAAUAAGCAAUAAAGUGAAACAAAUAAUGUGGCUUGUUUAGGAAUAAUCCUGAUUUUAGAAUUUUCUCACAAAGUUUUUUCAGGGUUGCUUUGAUAAGAUCACAUUGGUGAAAAGGAUUGACCUUGCACCAUUUAACUUCAACCAUCAAUCAUCCCAGGAAACAAACUACAACCACCUGACUCUAACUCUUUAAACAUUUCAAGAUUACCAAUAGAAAAAUGGACGCCUACAGAGCAAAAAUUAGUGUAUUUUUUCUCCUUGUGUUAUUCACAUUUGCUGCAUUAGCGACAGCAACAAACAUCCCAAGAAGGCAACUUGGUAACAAGAAAUACAAAGGCCCAUGCCGGGCCGAAAAUGCAAUCGACAAAUGCUGGCGAUGCGACCCAAAUUGGGCCGAGAAUCGCCAGAAAAUGGCCGAUUGCGCAUUGGGUUUUGGCAGCAAUGCGAUCGGAGGAAAGUUGGGCAGAAUCUACGUCGUCACAGACCCUUCUGACGACGAUGUUGUCGAUCCUAAGCCCGGAACUCUCCGAUAUGGUGUUAUCCAAAAGGAGCCAUUGUGGAUCAUAUUUGGCAAAAACAUGAAAAUUAAACUUAGUAGGGAACUUAUCGUGACUAGCAACAAAACAAUCGACGGCCGUGGAUUUAAUGUCCAUAUACAAAAUGGAGCUGGCAUUAAGAUACAAUGUGCAUCCAAUAUUAUUAUUUCUAAUCUCCGCAUUCACAAUAUUGUACCCACCCCAGGUGGCCUGCUCAGGGAGUCCGAGGACCACGUUGGCCUAAGGAGUGGCGAUGAAGGUGAUGGCAUCAGCAUCUUCGAUUCGCGUGAUAUAUGGAUCGACCACAUCUCUAUGUCUCGUGCAACCGAUGGUCUUAUCGAUGCUGUUGCUGCUUCCACUAACAUUACCAUAUCCAAUUGCCACUUCACUGACCACGAAAAGGUAAUGUUGUUCGGCGCCAACGAUAAUUACGUGCUUGACAAGGACAUGAAAAUUACAUUAGCGUACAACCACUUUGGAAAGAGGUUGGAUCAAAGGAUGCCUAGAUGCAGGUUUGGAUUUUUCCAUCUGGUGAACAAUGACUACACUCAUUGGGAAAGGUACGCUAUUGGGGGAAGCAGUGGAGCCACCAUCAUUAGUCAGGGUAAUCGAUUUAUUGCUGAGGACGAAUUGUUGGUGAAAGAGGUAACAUAUAGGGAAAAACUUACGGCGAGUGUGGCGGAAUGGAUGAAAUGGACAUGGAUAUCAGAUGGUGAUGAUAUGGAAAAUGGUGCGACAUUUACACCAUCUGGUGACCAGAAUUUACUCGAUAAAAUUGACCAUCUCAAUCUCAUUAAACCAGAACCUUCUUCCAAAGUUGGAAUUCUUACUAAGUUUUCAGGUGCUCUGUCUUGCGUCAAAGGACGCCCAUGCUAAAACAUUUUUCCGAUUUAUUUUCGGUCAACCCCAAUUCACCACCAAAAAAAGAUAAAGAAAGAAACUAAUAUUGUUAUACAUGCAAAUGGCAGUAGUUGUUUUCUGGUUUACAUUUCUUCUUUCUUUUGGUAUUGGGGUGACCUAGAGGAUUAUUAUGUUACAUUUAAUUCAUAAGAUAAAGCUAUAUAUCAUCUCUUUUGUUAUUA